AUGUCAGCGGAUCCAAACACCUCUGGCAUCAGGCCUCCGUUCCUGAGUACCGGGGUGCCCAACUAUGGCUGUCACAAUCCUGCUGGUACAGCUGCCGCUGGCAACACCAGCCCGGUCAUCUCAACAUGCUCCGCACCUGUCCUGAAUCCCAGGCAGGAGACUCCACAAGCUCUGGUGGGUCCAAUAAGCUGUGCAGCUGAACAAGAAGACACCCCCGGCUUCCAAACAUUAUGGAAUACGGUUCCGGAGCAUAUGAUACCACAGUCUGAAGCCCUCUGCCGCACCAUAAAUGCGGGAGAGAGACGCCUGUGGGAGUACUGCGACAAGCUGGAUGGGAACAAGGUCAGGUGCAGGUUCUGUCAUAAGGUUCUCAACGGCGGCAUCAGCAGGCUCAAGUUCCACCUGUCCCAGAUCCCCAGCAAAGGGGUGAACCCUUGCACCAAGGUGAAGGAAGACGUCAUUGACAAGGUGAAGGCCAUCAUCUCGGCCAAGGAAGAGUACAAGGAGUUCCAGCUUCUCAAGUGGCAGCGGGUAGCCGAACUGUCGGUGGCCCCGAAAAGGGCGCCGGAGGCUCCGUCCCUUUCUACUUCUCCGGGGCGAGUGAGCUCUCCUGCUGUUUCUCUUGCUGCUGAGCAGAGUCGGCUUCUUGCCCCGGAAGUGCCUGCUCCGGUACCGAAACUAUCUGGUGCUGCAAACAAAUCACGCGCCGCCACUUCAGAAUUGGAGGCAGAACGGUGUAUAGCUGAGUUCUUUUUCGAGAAUAAGUUGGACUAUAACAUAGCUGACUCAGUCUCAUACCAGCAAAUGCUUGAGGCACUUGGUGGUCCGGGAUUCCGAGGGCCGCCAGCAGAUGUUCUGAGAGACAAGUGGUUGCAGAGGCUCAAGUCCGAGAUUUUGCAGAAAACAAAAGAGAUUGAAAAGGAUUGGGUGACAACUGGUUGUACUAUAUUGGCUGAUUCAUGGACUGAUAACAAGUUGAAAGCCCUAAUCAACUUCUCCGUGGCGUCUCCUAUGGGAACAUUCUUCCUCAAAACAGCGGAUGCCUCUUCGCACUUCAAAACUCACAGAGGCUUGUAUGAUCUCUUUGACGAGGUGAUUCAGGAAGUUGGCCCAGAGAAUGUUGUUCAGAUAAUUGCAGACAGAAACAUAAACUACGGCAGUAUAGAUAAGCUGAUCAUGCAGAACUACAACACCAUCUUUUGGUCAAAGCUGAAGCAAAUGUUUCAUAGCACUGAAUAUUCAUCUUCGUCAUAUGCAAGUAGGUCAAUUCCGUGUGUUGAGAUACUCAACGAUGAUGAGCUUUGGAGAGCAGUCGAAGAGAUAGUUGCUGUUUCUGAACCUUUACUGAGGGUCAUGAGGGAUGUUUCAGGAGGCAAACCGGCCAUUGGUUAUAUAUAUGAGUCUAUGACAAAAGUGACGGGCUCUAUUAGGACAUACUACAUAAUGGAUGAAGGGAAAUGUAAGUCAUUUCUGGACAUAGUGGAGCAGAAAUGGCAGACAGAAUUGCAUUCACCUCUUCAUUCAGCAGCCGCUUUUCUGAGCCCAAGCAUCCAGUAUAACCCAGAAAUAAAAUUUUUCAGUACUAUCAAGGAGGAGUUCUACCUGGUUCUGGAUAAGGUUCUUACAACCCCUGACCUAAGGCAUGAUAUCACUGCACAAUUGCAUGCUUUCCGCAAGGCACAAGGGAUGUUUGGAUCUAACAUUGCUAAAGAGGCCCGCAACAAUACCUCACCAGGCAUGUGGUGGGAACAAUACGGCGAUUCAGCACCAUCACUGCAACGUGCUGCUGUGAGAAUAACCAGCCAGGUUUGCAGCACCCUAUCUUUCCAGAGAGACUGGGGUUUGAUCCUUCAGAACCACUAUGAAAAGCGCCACAAGCUUGACAAGGAGGCUUUGGCUGACCAAGCCUAUGUGCACUACAAUCUCACGCUGCACUCCGAGCCAAAGGCUAAGAAGAAGCUGGAUGCGGAUCCAAUCGCGCUGGAUACAAUCGACAUGACGUCGGCAUGGGUGGAGGACUCUGAUGGCCCCAUCCUCACCCAGUGGCUCGACAGGUUCCCGUCCGCCUUGGAUGGCGGAGACUUGAACACGAGGCAGUUCGGUGGAUCCAUCUUUGGCACCAACGACAAUCUGUUCGGCCUGUGA